GGGACAGUAUAAAAGGAGCAUCCUUUGCCGUCUGCAUAGAAGUGUGCAUCCUCCCUCCCUCCCACACUGCCUUCAACGCAACAACUCUCUCAAGAUGUCUGCCGGGCUGAGUGUGUGUGUGGUGCUGCUGGUGGUCUUAUGUUCCACCUCUUUGGGGCUCCCCUUCUCCUCUCAUGGCCAACACCAGGACCAAGGUUCCCCUUCUCAAGAAGGUACUCUGACAUUCCCACCAGUGGGAGUUUGCAUGUGUAACAUCUGCUUUGUGUGUGGAGCAGCACACCUGGAAGGACACACCUUGGACGAGGCUCACCUGCGACACGGCCGCUCCGCCCCCCACCAGGAUGCAGAGUCUCGGGCUAACCUCAGCCAGCUCCUGGCAACACUCAUCUCCUCCAGGAAAGGUUCUGUGCGUAGAAACUCGUCCAGCAGCAGCCGAGGCGGCGGUGUGAGCAUCGCCAACCAGCGGCGAGCAGACGGGGGCGACUACCUGGGCUGGAUGGACUUCGGCAAGCGCAGUGCAGAAGAGUACGAGUACUCCUCCUAAAAACUACACUGCUCAAGACAAGAGGCCUACUUUUUCUUUUUUAAUGUACGUCAAAUGCAAUAUGAAUAAUACGACCAUUUUGUGGUCACUCUGUCAACUAUUUGUGGUUUGGAGUGGAAAAGAGAAAUGUGGUGGCAGGGUACUUAUGGACAAAUAAAAAAUGAAAAUG